AGUUCAACCUGAAGAAGAUGUGGCUCAGCCCCAACGGAACCAUCAGGAACAUCCUGGGCGGCACCGUGUUCCGUGAGCCAAUCAUCUGUCAGAGCAUCCCUCGUUUGGUGCCCGGCUGGACGCAGCCAAUCGUCAUUGGCCGUCACGCCCACGGAGACCAGUACAAAGCCACAGACUACGUCGCGGAGUCUGAGGGCACUCUCGAUCUCAUCUUCACCCCGACCAACGGAGGCCCACCCGUCAAAAUGCCCGUGUUCAACUUCAAGAACGGGGGCGGUGUCGGUAUGGCCAUGUACAACACUGAUGAGUCCAUCGCCGGGUUCGCCCACGCCUGCUUCCAGUACUCCCUGAUGAAGGGUUGGCCUCUCUACAUGAGCACCAAGAACACCAUCCUCAAGAAAUACGACGGAAGGUUCAAGGACAUCUUCCAGGAAAUCUUCGAAAGCCAGUACCAGCCCGAGUUCGACAAGAAGGGCAUCUGGUACGAGCACCGUCUGAUCGACGACAUGGUCGCCCAGUGCCUCAAGUCCUCUGGAGGAUUUGUCUGGGCCUGCAAAAACUACGACGGUGACGUGCAGUCCGACAUUGUCGCUCAAGGCUACGGAUCCCUGGGCCUGAUGACCAGUGUGUUGGUCUGUCCCGACGGCAAGACGAUCGAGGCCGAGGCCGCCCACGGCACUGUCACGAGGCACUACAGGGAGCACCAGAAGGGUAACCCAACCAGCACCAACCCCAUCGCCAGCAUCUACGCCUGGACCCGCGGCCUUGAGCACCGAGGCAAGCUGGACGGCAACGCUGACCUUCAGAAGUUUGCCCUGAGGAUGGAGAAGGCCUGCGUGGACUGUGUGGACAGCGGCAAGAUGACCAAGGACUUGGCCGGAUGUAUAUACGGGCUCAAGAA